CCAAUGACGAUCUUACAGCUCAACAAGGAAGGAGAUAUCGUCGGAUAUAAAGGAUUCUGCUUUGAGAUGCUGAAAACGCUCAUGCAGAAAUAUGACUUCAAGGUACGGCUGGUUCUCUCUUACGAUGGCAACUGGGGGAGUCUGCUGCCGAACAACACCUGGAAUGGCAUGGUUGGCAUGGUCAACAGAACGGAGGUCGACAUGGCCGUGUCCGGCUUCACCAUCAGCCACAUCCGAGAGCAGGGCAUCGACUUCACGGCCGCCUUCCACGAGGAGAGCACGGCGAUCCUGCUGCCGGCGCCCCGGCCGCGCAGCAAGGCGUUCGCGCUCAUCCAGCCCUUCUCCUGGAAGGUGUGGCUGGCACUUUGUGCCGCGGUGGUCGGUGUUACACCCGUUCUACACCUGAUCAGCCGCGCCGGACCCUGGACGCCAGCGCUCUACCCCGAUCCGCCGGAGGCCAGGCCAACCUACUCACACAUUCAGUGGUUUAUAUUUGGAGGAAUCAUCGGCCAUGGGGAUCGCUGCAUCCCGGCCAGCCUGUCCUCCCGCGUGAUGCUGGCCUUCUGGUGGAGCGCGGCCGUCACCAUCAUGGCUUCGUACACCGGGACGCUGAUAGCGUCUCUGACCGUGCCGACUGUGGCAGACUCGAUCGAGUCUUUAGAGGAGCUGGCUUUCCAGGACGAAAUCAAAUGGACCUACCGCAUCUACUCGUCCAUGGACAAUCUGUUCAGGUCGUCGGGCUCAGCCGUGUUCCGACAGAUGGCCACUCGGUACGCCGACAGUAAGGUCACCACAGAUUACGAGGGAGUCGACAAGGUGCUUACCGGCGAGUGGGCCUUCAUCAAGGAGCGUUCUUUCCUGGACUUUGCGCUCGACGAGGACUUUCAGCGUACGGGUCAGUGUCGUCUGCAGAUAGCGGCGCGCGAGUUUUACACAGUGGGAUUCGGCUGGGUGCUGCAGACCGGCAGUCCACUGAAGGAGCUCUUCGACCUCGAGUUCCUCCGUAUGAGCGAGAUGGGCCUGUUCGGCAAGUGGCGCGGCAUGUACUGGCCGGCGCCGUCCAACUGCAGCACGGGCCUCAUCUUCACCGACGUAGGCAGCCAGCCGCUGGCGCUGGCCGACCUGGUCUCGGCGUUCCUGCUGCUCGCGCUGGGCGCUGUGCUGUCCACAGUAGUUCUGGCGGCGGAGAUGGUGUAUCGCUCGGCCUGUGCCGGCCGGCGCUGAAAGUGGAGCGGCUGGGCAGCGGGUGGUGAAGAACCGAGCUUUAGGGGUCGGGCGGCGAGAGCUGCUAGUGUUGUAGGGUCAGUGGCACCGAGUGGAGGAUGCUCACUGCUCAGUGCCCAGGGUGGUGCGAGGCCGGUAGGCGGGGUUGAGGAAAGUGGAAGGCGAUGCCGAAGUUAGACGGUGUAUGAGAGACGGCGCUGCUAAAACGAAUGAUGGAACGAAUGCUUAAGACGCUGAGGGUUUUUAGAGUUAACAGAUCGAUGUAUAAUAUUUCAUCUGAUAUGUUUUACUCAGUUAGGAUUGUUGUAAGGAUAUGCGCAUCGCUUUGGGUUAUCAGCUCCGAAUAAGCAACGCGCGGUCGAAGUAGCGAUGUCUGUGAUAGAGCACCUCGUCUAUCGACACGAAGAGAGUACUUCUGGGUCGUUAGGCCAUAUAAUCGUCUAGUUACGAGACGAUGAUCAGCACCGCUCACCUUAUAGGUAUCGUUACGUCGGACGGCGGACAUUGAUCAACAUAUGUGUCGAAGUCCUCGAACAGCUAUCAACAAGAUAAUAUUAUAGUACCUAGCUACUAUUCAGAUAAAUAAUUUCAUUUUAAAAGGACAAUAUUUCAAGCAUAUGUCGUUACCAUAGCCUUCUUGUCAUGAAGGUGAUAGUGCAGUGCAUUUCCCUUGUGUUAUUGUGGAAGACAU